AUGGAGCUGGUGACCGGGGCAGGAGUGCUGCUUGUUCUCUUUGUGCUUACGAUCAUGUCCUUCAAACUUUACAAAGCUAGAGGCCGGCUGCCUCCAGGACCCACACCCUGGAUCUUUCUGGGGAACCUCCUGCAGAAAGAUACUCUGCCUCUACAUGAAACUUUCCCAAAGCUCACUGAGAAGUAUGGUCCAGUCUUUACCCUCUGGCUGGGGCCAAAGCCCAUGGUCGUGCUUUGUGGAUAUGAUGCAGUGAAAGAUGCUUUGGUGGAUCACGGUGAAGAGUUUGGUGGACGGCCUUCUAUACCUAUCUUUGAAAAAGUAUCUAAGGGCUAUGGGCUCAUCAACCCGGAUGAUACAAAAUGGAAGGAACUGCGUCGCUUCACUCUCUCCACACUACGGAACUUUGGGAUGGGGAAGAAACCGAUGGCUGAGCGGAUACAGGAGGAGGCUCGCUGCCUGGUGGAGGCAAUGACAACCUCACAAGGGCAGGCCUUUGACGCAAUGCCAGAUAUCACAGCUGCUGCUUCUAAUGUGAUCUGCUCUGUUGUCUUUGGGAAUCGAUUCAGCUAUGAAGACCCACAUUUCACUGAGCUCUUGCGUAUCAUUACGGACUUUGUGGGCUUCUUUGUGUGUGUCUCUGGAGUGGUGUACAAUGCUAUCCCAAGAAUAAUGAACUUCUUACCUGGACCCCACAACAAACUCUUCUCAGACUCUGCCAAGAUCUGUACUUUUAUACGGGAGAAAGUGGAAUCUCACAAGUUGAGCCUGGAUCCACAGAAUCCUGAUGAUUUUAUUGACUGCUUCCUACUCAGGUUGAAUAAGGAACAAAACUCUGCUCAGAAGAUCUGCACUGAAGACCUAGUGAUGACUGUGCUUACCCUCUUUAUUGCUGGGACAGAGACCACAAGCACUAACCUCAUGUAUGGACUCUUGUUGUUGGCCAGGUUUCCACACAUCCAAGCUAAAGUCCAGCAGGAGAUUGAUGAGGUUGUUGGAGUCAACCGUUCUCCAGGUAUGGAGGACAGGGUGAGGAUGAACUACACCAAUGCAGUUAUCCACGAGAUCCAGCGUUAUCAGCGAGGGAGUAGUGAGACUUUCCCACAUGUGACAACUCAGGAUGUGGAUCUCAUGGGCUACACCAUCCCUCAGGGUACCCUUGUUGUCCCAUUGUUCCUUUCUGUGCAUUUUGACCCAGCCCACUGGGAGGCUCCCGAAAAGUUUGACCCGGGUCACUUUUUGGAUGAGGAGGGUGAAUUCAGGAAGCGGGAUGCCUUCGUGCCUUUCUCUGCAGGGAAGAGAUCCUGCCCAGGAGAGGCACUGGCCCAAAUGGAGCUCUUCCUCUUCUUUUGCACUCUGCUCCAGAACUUCACUUUUCAGGUGGUUGCAAACCCUGAGGAAGUGGACAUAGAUGCCAUGUUUCUUAACUGCAGGGAAAAGGGGAAACAUCGCCAGUUACGUGCCAUCAGACGUAAAAUCUGA